AUGGACUUCAAACGACAGCUGGCCUCUGCGUUGGUGCUGAACGUGGUGCUAAAGGUUUUCACCUUCCUUCUAACUGCUGGCGUCACACGACAACUUGCACCAAAUGAAAACGGCGUCAAUUUCUCUUUUCAAUUGUACUUCAAUACCGUGCUUUUUCUCGCAAGAGAGUCGGUGCGUAGUGUAAACGCACGACACAAUCUGCGUGAAAAGUCAGGAAGUGGUGGGGCAGCUCUAAAAGUAAUGAACUGUGCGGCUAUUUCGCUUCCUCUCGGCCUCCUAGUGGUCCUCGUGCUGGAGCUCCUACACGGUUUCCGCAUUACACUGUUUCCCUCUUUGGCUGCCCUUGCGAACGUUGGGAGUGUGUCUGCUGCAUCUGCAGAGGCACAAGGCCCCGGGAUGGACGGGGGCACAUUGGGGUUACCUGAGGUGGUACAGGUGAUAAGUGUCAUUGCCGCGCUGUCUAUUGAACCUUGCUUAGCCGUUGCUCAGUCACUUGAUAAUGUUCGGACAGUUGUCACCUCGGAGUUUUGGGCGUUACUGGCGCGACUUACAGCAACAAUUUCAAUUUUGUGGUGGUAUGGUUCCUUAAGUGGGCAUCCGUGGAUAACGCGAAUGUGUUUUUCAGUUGCGAAUCUCUCCGAUGCUUUGGCCACAGUGGCGUACUUUCUUUGCCUAUGGAAUGCUCCUAACCAAGAAAGGGGUCGCAAAGCCGCCGGUGGUGGUGGUUGUGAGGGGGACGAAGAUGGUGAGGCGGCCACAUCCAUGUACCAGGUGCGAGUCAUUGCGGCGCGUGUCUUAUGGGGAGAUACGGUCCAGACGAAAACGAGUGCGCGGUCGCACCCAUUGCGUGAAUGCCUACCUUGGUGUUAUCUUUCCCUUCAUUCGAUGCAUGAUGUGUUGCUGCGUGAGUUCCGCCUGUUUCUUCAAUUUUUUCGAGAAAGUUGCCUGCGACUUCUACUGACUGAGGGAGAGCACUUUGCCCUCGCUGCAAUGGGCUCGGCCGCAGCUGUAGGCCAAUACAGUGUUGUCACAAAUUUGGGCUCACUUAUCGUCCGCCUUGUUUUCCGGGUGUGGGAGACGGCUUGCUUUGCCAGGUGGAGCCGAGACAUUGCUGCUGGUCGCAUGGCUGAUGCCUCGGUGCUCCUGUUUGUUAUGCUUCGUGUGUCGCUGUACUUUGGCGCUGUUGCAAUACUUCUGGGGCCACCACUGGCGGAACUGGUUCUUCUUCGACUUUUCACGCGGCGUUGGGCCACGGCAGAAACUGUUCGGGCGUUACAGUUGUACUGCUACCAGCUCCCCCUGAUGGGUUGGUACGGCUUGCUCGAUGCCUUUGUAAGGGCCACAGCGUCUCCGCGAGUACUACGAUUAGCACAACAGGUACUGGUCGUUCAGGCAGCAGUAUACGUUGCGUUUUGCUUUGCGGCGUUGCGACUGCAUUGGGUCGGCGAUCCAGUGGCAGGGCUUAUCGUUGCCAACGGUAUCAGUACCGGAUUGCGCUGCGCCACAUCUCUCUGGAUGAUUAUCAAAACCCCCGGGAGACCUCAGCAAGAAAGUCGUCGUUUCGAAGUACAAUUGCGGGACUUUUCAGCGGUAUUCGACUCGCGAAUUGCAACUGUUUGGUUUCUUCUUUUUGGGUGUACGAGGAUGCUCCUGCCGUUCAUCUCUUUGACGACCUCGGGUGUGGUUAGUGUUGUAUUGUUUUUUCCACUCUUUGCCGCAUCCGUCCUUCGAUGGGAUCCCGAAACCCGCGUCGUGGUGAAGGCGCUGGUUCUCAGCUCAAAAAGAAGCGGCGAGUAG